AUAUAAUUUUCUAAAAAACUAACCAUGUCUGUCGAAUUUUUAUUUGAAGUUAUUUUUAUUUUAACUUUCGUUUGUGCCAGAGGGACGAAAGUCACUACUCAAUUCGCAAAUAUUUCUUCUAGUAACUCGAGUUUUAAUACCGCUACAACAAAAUUUAGCUUCCAUCCUGUUCAUUUCAAUGUUGGAGAACUGUUGAUCAAAGACAAACAUCCAAAUAUCUUGAAACAACUUGAAAAUGUUAGACCAACAUGGAAUCAAACUCGGGUGCCACUAUUCUUGAACUUGAUUGUAAACUUGAAUUUUAUCAAUGAGAACGAUAAGAAAUCGAAUAAUCACAAAAGGUUAUACGGAAAGACCAAAAGGAAUAUAAAAAGUGAAGAAAUAAACAUACCAACAAAGAAUAAAAUGAUCCAAGAUGAUUCUCAAAAGACGGUUUCAGAAAAUUUGGGACACAUCUUCGAGAAGAUUAAGCUGAAGAUGGAACUUCAGAGGAAAAAGAGGAAUAUCGAGUUCCAAAACAAUGAGGACGCUAAAUUGGAGGUUCAUAAUGUAACAAACAGCCGGAACAAAAUACAGGACAUUUCAACAGAUGCAUUUCCCAAAAUGUCCCUUCUGAACGAUGACAAGGAAUUAGACGUGACUAAAUGGUUAAAAAAUUGGAAAGAUAUUCUAGCAGUAAAUCCUAUUUUGAGCACUGAUACGCCUACAAAACCGGAAGUUGACUUUAUAGACGAAUGGAAAUAUUCUUACAAGGUGACCCUUUAUAACUCCGAGACCUACAAUGUUUCCAACUAUAUAUGCUCAGGCUUACUGGUGUCACCACAGUGGGUUCUAACUUCCGUAUUCUGCAGUUUGGGUGACGAUGUCAUCCUUCUUAUUGGGGUUCACGCCCUGCCGGCAAAACUUGCACAACACAACAGAUACAGUGUGUUGAAGAAGGUGUACUCGCUGAGCGAUAAUCUGGAGCUGAUACAAAUGGACAGGCCCGUACAGUGGACAUUCAAAGCUCCUGAUAUCAGAGGUGUCAAAGUAGAGGAGAUGGAUAAUCUACUUCGCAGAGGGAAAUGCAACUUACUAUCUUGGGUUCCUGUUGAUAUUGAGAAAAAUAUAUUCGAGCUGAGACAAUACCCCCAACUCACGUUGCAGACGGAAGGCACAAGAAACCUCAAGAAAAACUGCGUGAAAGCCACAACUGUCCAGCAGUAUAGUCUCUCGAGGAAAGACAUAGGUUCUCCAGUUCUCUGUGAUAACACCGUCACAGGCAUCUUGCUGAAUAUCGAAGAGGAAGAAAAUAUGACUGUUGAAGUACUUUGUCCCGUCUUGGAAUGGAUCACCUUCUUCACAAGAGAGGGGUCCUAUUUUGAGGUAACAGCCAGAAAAUACACCUUGAGAAGCGAAGCAGUUACAAUGGGGCUUGCUAAAGACUGUCUGUUGGUGCAUUUUUUGAUGGUGUAUUUGAUUUGGAUGACUUGAUGGAAGAUGAGAAAUUAUCUGCGUAAUUUAAUUGUAUUAAUGUUCAAAGGAAGUGAUCAGAUAGAAAUACUUUUUUUCUUGAAAAGAAAUAAAUCUCAUGAUUUUGG